AUGGUUGAUUUAUCUUCAGAUACGUUUGAAGUUAAUGAUAUUCUCACAUUUAUUGAUCAGUCUCAUAUUUUUGAGUACGCAGAUGUAUUUAAAUAUUUUAUCCCUUCUAAAUCAGUUUAUGAAGAAAUACCAUCAAACACCUUAUUAUUUCUCGUCAUGUGGAAAAAUUUUUCUAUUCUUCGUUCUACAUGGGUUUCACGUGAAGAAAUAGAAGGAAAUUCUCGACUUGAUCCAGAUAAUGUAUUUAAGAAAUUUAUUGAUCAAAAUACAAUUGAUGGGAUUUUAUAUCAACCUCGUUUAACUAAAAUUAUUCCUGCUCGUGAUUUAGUUCCUGAAAAAAUCUUAUCAUCAUGUUAUGAUGAAACAGCUACAGAAAUGUUUACUGUUAAAUGGAAGUAUUGUGGGAACAUUUUCUUAUCCACUGAAGAACCAAGUUUUUUUAAUAAUCCUCGUUAUAAUAUGCUCAUCCCUCAAUAUAGAAAUAAAGUUGAAAAAAUUAAACCACUUUCUAGUCUUUCUGAAGUACCAACAUUAAAUAUAGAAACUAUAAGCCCUGAGUACAAAGAAGAAGUAGAGAUAUGUAAUAAUGUAUUUGAAAAAUUGCAUAAAAAUCAUGGAUGUUGGAUCAAAAAAAUAGGAGAAACUGAUGGAGAAUUAUUUGUUUCACAUAAAUUAAAAAUAACAAUAUUAAAGUAUAUGAAAUUAUUAAUGGACAAUGAUAUUAAAGGACCUCAUUUAAUUGUUACAGAUGAAGUUGGAAUAGAUUUUUAUAAAGAGAAUAUAGAAAAAUUUAUUCCAAAUGCAUAUGUUACUUUUAUUAAUAAAAUACCUAAAGAAGAAGAUAUGAAAGAAGUUUUAGAUAAUGAAUUAUAUCAUACAGAAACUGAUUGUUUAAAGUGUUCAUUUGUAGUUACUACAACAUUAGCAUUUCAAUUUCGAGUUAAUGUUGAAUUUGAUAUUGCUAUUGUUGACACAGAACCAACAUUAUUUUUUAAUUCUAAAUAUUAUAUUAAAGAACAUACAUUUUUAUUAUUAUACAAUGGAGCAUUUGAUGAAGCUAUAAUUAAAAAUCAUUGUAGACGAAGAAAAAUUAAAGAAUUACAAAUAUUUGAAUAUAAUAUGUUUUCAUAUUUUAUUAGAUAUGUUGAUGUUUAUUUAAAUAUUCAUCAAAUACAAAAACCAAUAUACAAUGAUUUAAUUACAAUAGCAAAAAGUUGUAAUAAUGAACAAACAGGAGUUAUAUUAAAUGAAAUAAAAAAAUUACUUAUUUAUCCAAAAAUGUUUGAUACAAAUUUAAAAACUCAAGGAACAAAAGUUGAUUUUAUAUUAAAAUGUAUUAAAAUAAUUGGAAGUAUUCCAGGAAUUAAAUUAGCAGUAUUAGGAGAUUAUGAUAUGCCAUUAAGAUAUAUUUCUAAAAUAACAAGAUCAAAUUAUAUUGAUUGGAACAUUGAUAUUAAAAAAACUAAAGCAAUUUGUGAAAUUAUGAAAUGUUCUUCUGAAAAAAAUGCUGAACAAGUUAAAGAUUUAUUUGAAAAAGAAUUAAAUAAUGAUAAUACUAGAAAAUCACCAAUUACUUUAAGUGGAAAUUCAAGAGUUGUUUGUGUUCAUAAUUCAUGUAUUUCAACUGAAAUUGAUUUAAGUUGUAUUGAUAUUGUAAUUGAUAUGAGUAAUGAUUAUACUCCAUUAUUUGAAACAAAUAUUCGUAAUAAAUAUAUGAUGGCUACAGUAAAACAAAUUAUUGCAUUUGAUAUGUCAAUUAAAAAUACUAUUGAUGAAAUUACUUCUUCAAUGAAUGAAUUAGAUGAAACUUUAACACUUUCUCAAGAAUUACAAGUUUAUAGAAAUUUAAUAAAAUAUAAUUCAUAUCGUUUUGGUUAUAAAGGAAAAUCUAGAUCAAUUAAAUUUGGAAAAUUAGGUCAAGAAAUUUUAAAAUAUGGAACAGAAUAUGAACAAUUACAACUUGUUAUUGAAGUAAUGAAAGAUGAUAUAGAAAUUAUUAGUAAUUUUGAAAAAAAUGGAUUUAUUUCUAUUAAUGAUAUUAAUAAGGAAAUUAACAUUCAAAAUCAACAACAAUCAAAACUUCAAAAUUUACCAAAAACAUUAAAAUUACCUGUAACAAUUGAACAUUCUUCUAAAAAAACUCCUUCACUUAAAUUGUCUCCUCCUACUAUAUUUAAUAAAGAACGAUUGUCUCAAAAAUAUCCAGAACAAUUCAAUUCUGAAAAUAAAUUAGUUAAAAUUAUUUAUCUUGAUAAAAGUAUAAAUGAUACUAAACAAAAUUCUUUAAAACAACAACCUGAAAUUCCAAUUGGAAAAUUAGAAGUUAUUAAUGAUCUAUCAGAUUCUAAUACUAUGGAGGAAGAAGAACCUAUAAUAAAUCCUAAUUUAAUUAAUAUUAUUAAAGAACGUAGUCAAUUAAUUCAACAAGAUAAAGCAAUACAAUGGAUCAAAUCACUUACUUCAGCUAUAAAACGUUAUGGUAGGGAUUUACGUUUAUGGAAAAUUGAUUUUACUCAAUUUAUUCCAUUAACUAAAGUUCAAUUACAGUAUAUAGUUGAUAAAUUAUUAACUACUCUUCCUCCUAUUGAUCCACAAUUAACUAAAAUGGCAAAUAUUAUGGAAACAUUUACAAAAGCAAAUAAUUUUGUUUCUAAAAAGAAAGCUUUAUUACCUUAUCCAGAAUGUUCAUUAAAAUUUUGGGAUUGUUCAUGUGAUAUUGAAUUACUUCAAUUAAUAAUAGAAAAUGGACUAAAUGUUCCUGAAUUAUAUUUAAAUGAUAUUAUUAUUAGAAGUGUAUUAGAAAUAUCAGGAUUAUUAACAGAAAAACAAAAAUGUGAAUUUUUAAAAAUCCGAAUUGAUAAGUUAUAUAAAUGCUAUUCUAUUU